CGCCGCUCCCGGGGAGGCUGCGCUCGAGCUGCGGCGCCGGCUGCAGCCGCCUGGGCCCCGGGCCCGGCUCCUCCCGCGCCGCCCGGGCGAUGAGAAGCUGCUUCUGCGUGAGACGGAGCCGGGACCCGCCGCCGCCGCAGCCGCCGCCGCCCCAGCGGGGAACAGACCACGCCACCAUGCCUGAAGUCAAAGAGCUUUCAGAAGCCUUGCCAGAGACGCCAAUGGACCCCAUCACCGGAGUCGGGGUGGUGGCUUCCCGGAACCGAGCCCCGACGGGCUAUGAUGUGGUCGCACAGACAGCAGAUGGCGUGGAUGCUGACCUCUGGAAGGACGGCUUAUUCAAGUCCAAGGUCACCAGAUACCUGUGUUUCACGAGGUCGUUUUCCAAAGAGAAUAGUCACUUGGGGAAUGUGCUGGUGGACAUGAAGCUCAUCGAUGUCAAGGACACAUUGCCUGUGGGCUUCAUUCCUAUUCAGGAGACAGUGGACACACAGGAGGUGGCCUUUAGGAAGAAGAGGCUAUGCAUUAAAUUUAUUCCCCGGGAUUCAACCGAAGCUGCCAUUUGUGACAUUCGCAUCAUGGGCCGGACCAAGCAGGCACCUCCCCAGUACACAUUUAUUGGGGAACUGAACAGCAUGGGCAUCUGGUAUCGCAUGGGCAGAGUGCCAAGAAACCACGACUCAUCUCAACCCACCACGCCCUCACAGUCAUCAGCGGCUUCCACCCCAGCCCCAAACCUUCCCAGGCACAUCUCACUAACACUACCGGCUACCUUCCGAGGCAGAAACAACACCAGUACAGACUAUGAGUACCAGCUCUCCAAUCUGUAUGCCAUAUCAGCAAUGGAUGGUGUGCCUUUCAUGAUUUCAGAGAAGUUUUCCUGCAUCCCAGAAAGUAUGCAGCCUUUUGAUCUCUUGGGUAUCACCAUCAAGUCCCUGGCAGAAAUUGAAAAGGAGUACGAGUACAGUUUCCGCACGGAGCAGAGCGCAGCAGCACGGCUCCCACCCAGCCCUACCCGGUGCCAGCAGAUCCCCCAGUCGUGAGGAGCCCACAGCCUCAUGGGGGAGAAGACGUCUCCUACCCGGUGCCCAGACUACUGAUGGGGUGGCUGGGGGGAGAGUUACUCCCUCCCCCACCUGCCCAUUCUGCUUGCCCUCCCCACUGACCAAGAGACUCUGGGCAGCUGUGUGGUCAUAUACGGUCAUCAGCUUGCCUAACAAGACUCCCCUGCCUCCCUGGGAACGUUGUUUGUGACUAAUGUAUGUGCUGUUAGUGACCAGAGGCUCCUAGCAUACCUGUGUGAUGACCACUUACCCCACAAAGAAAGAAGAACCCUUCCCUACCUGGAGUCACCCAUGAGGGCCCGGGCACAUGUUCCAGCGGCCCAGUGAUGCCCACUGGCUCCCUUCAAAUGACCAUCACCCACUCUAAGAAUCCCACAAAGCCACUGUCGCCCUCCUGGAAGACUCCAGGGUUGACUGCAUCACAUAGGACCCUGCAAGAUGCACUGCUCACCUCUGACCCAGGCUACCUGAGAACAAGCAUUCCUGUCAACAGGUUCAAGUGGCCCAUGCAUUUCAUGAUGACACUGAGAAAACAGGACUCUGCUUCACUCCAGACAACUGUGGACUCUUCCGCCAAUGCACACACUGGAUGUCCAGAGAGCACAGAUGGGACUCCGCUCUCUGUGGAGGUAACUGGGUGCCUACCUGGACAGAAACUUGGCUGCUAGGGUGCUGGGCCUGGCCACAAGCUCCAAUCCCCACAAAGGGCUCAUCUAUGGAGCAUCCACCUGCCAGCAACAGCCUCCAUAUGCCUCUGCCUGGUGCCCUGACCUGGUGGCGACUGACACAGAGCAUGCUCUGAGAGGCAUGGUACCCAGCCCUGCAGGGACACAGCACAAGGGCACCAACUCCUCUCAGCCAGACCCACCCACAGUCCAGAAGGCACCUCCUACCAGGGAUCUGCUGUUUUGAAAAGUCCCUAUGUCCCAGGCCUCUGAAUUUUGCCUAGAACAUUUCAUGGGUGUCCAUCUGAGGUGCCAAGUUCAACUCCACAUGUGUUGCCAUGAAAAUAGUGGCCACUACUGUCCCAGCUCUCAGCCUCACGUGAUGCACUGCUUUGCCAUAUUUGGCUAUUAGGAUUUGUCUGACAUUGGUCCCUGGAGUGUCUGUGGAUGUGAAGGUGUGCACAGUGGUCAGUAGCCAUAGGCAGCUACACUCCAGUGGGUACAAACCUCUCCAGUUACAGCUCCAGAGAGCCACAAGCAGCUGAGUGGCCAAGGUGCAAAAGGAUCAGCAGCAAGAACCAGCCGACAAGAUGGAGUGAGCCAGGGCAGGGCCAAAAAUACCUCACCAACCUCCAUCAGCCCCUCAGCUCCUCAGGUCCUUUGUGGCCCACCCUCUCUCCUCAGUCAGCCUUCUCUGCUUGAUGGUACUUCAUUUCUGUGUCAGGAAUGGUCACCUUACCUUCUCUCAGAUUUGAGCACACCCUGUGGGGUACCCAUCAACCCCCGACUCUGGGUCCCACAGCCUCUAGGCAGCACAGGCCAUGAAAAGGUAGUUAACUCAAAUGCCGGUGUCCCAGAGGCCUGUGGGGUCAAAACCUAUGCCACACUGGUGCUCAGGAGAGCUGAUGAACUGUCCCCCAGACCGCUCCAUAAGCUGGGGACCUGAGGACCUGUGUCUACUGCUCCUGGUGUAACACCAAGUGGCCCAACAGAGAAGCGAGCACUCAUAGCCUGAGUUAAGUGGGAAGGUUGGGGGUAAAGCUCCAGCGUCUCCUGGCCACUUCCUUUACGCUUGCGCACAUUGUCUUAUCACCUCUUUCCAUUUCCCAGUUGUGAAAUUGUCCCUACCAAGUGAUGCCAGGUGGUCCUCCCCCUUCCUUCCCUUGAUGGAGAAUGUGGCUUCCCUGAAGCUCUUACAGGCCCUGGGCGUUCCAAGGUGAAGACAGUGGACCCUUUGUCGGUAAUCAAAAAGGCCAAGUGAAGAGGUUCCUGGAGGAAGGACGCAAGCUCUGCAGCCCCCUCACGCCCUCCCACAGGACUCUGCCACUGGGCCUCGGGCUCUGCAGCCCACUCACGCCCUCCCACAGGACUCCGCCACUGGGCCUCGGGCUCUGCAGCCCACUCACGCCCUCCCACAGGACUCCGCCACUGGGACUCAGCCUCUGCAGCCCACUCACGCCCUCCCACAGGACUCCGCCACUGGGACAAGAGCAAACUGCAUGCUCUGAGCUGGAGUAACCUCGGGACAUGGCAGACUUAAUUUAAGAAUAACCUUGACUGUGAAUGAUGUAGCGUCAACAGCUUCUAGCUUUUGAAGUGUUAAGGACAACUUGGUGUCUGUUGUAAGUUUUAGGUUGCACCAAACCCCUGGUUUCUUGUCUUCUGGCAGUGGUAGUGGUGGUGUGUGCACACCCUUGUUCACCUUGUGUGGACCCAGCACAGAUCCAGACCUAGGAGACGGGGCUGCGGCUCACAGCCUUUUGUGUAUGGUGUGGAACGCUUGUCCGCACGACCCCUGGCCGCUGUGCGAUGAGCACACAGAACCCUGGGAGGGGUGAAGAGCUGCAGCCUCUCCCUUAGGUCUCCUCCUCCCCCACCAGCAUGUCCCACAGCUGCUGCUGUCCCUGCCAAGCACACGUCUUUCUCUUGAAAAGGCUAACCAGAGCACAGCACCCUACCCCACAGUCCCCACAUUGAAAAGUCAGUUCCUUCCUAAGGGCCUUGGAAGUGGCACAUGGGUGAUGAGCAGGGGGAGGUGGGCUCCAGGCUCACUCGCAAAUUUAUCAUAAGGCCAAGUCUAAGAAUUCACAUCAGCCUCACUCACCUUGGGAAAAGGACAGGUCAGAGUCAUGAGUAUUCUUCCUGGUGGUCAGUGGCAUGUGGCCACCUGUGACCAUGGCCAUUCUGCAGGAAGCAGCUGAUGACCCUCUGCCAGAAGGACACAUACACAAGGGGACCGAGAUACUGAGCUCACCCCCUUCCUUCACUGGGCACUAGACCUGGCAGACUUAAGCACAUCUCCUGUCAUCCCCAAACAAGCCCAGCACUGGGUGCUCUUUGUCCCCUGUCACAUGAAGAGCCUGGGGCAUGUCUGUAAGCUUGCCAGUAGCAGGGGCAGAACCUGACCCCAAAAUCCCUGUGCCAACCAUCUGGCCUUUGUGCCCAUCCCUGUGAUGGGCUUUCUUUUGCUAUGGAUUCACCUCACCAUGGCAGUGGAUCCUGGGCACAGGUCAGGCUGAGAGCUCAUCCUGUGCCUCCUGUGACCCGAGGACCCCCCAGCCUCUGAGCAUGUCUCCUGCUGCGGUCAUAGGAAAGGCCUUGAUGUGCCGCCAGGCCGUGAAGUGCCGAAUUCACGGAAUCGCUCUGCGUCCCUCUGACCCCCAGAGCCUGAUGAAGAAGCUGGGCCCUCGUUCCUGUACCCAGCUCCCUCUCAGGUGGCGAGGCACAGCAGAGCGGCCCGGCUUCCCUUGCUCUGGGUGGAAGGUGGAGCAGCCAUCAGCACCAGUCCAGGCUGUUUCCCUUCAGAGCCUGUGAGCUGCUGGGCCACUGUGUGGCGCUGGGAACGAGGACCUUAGGCCCAGCUGCCUUCCUGUGUAUUUAUUCAAGGUGACUGCUUGGCAAAGGGGGUUUCACUGUGUGGCUGUAUUCUUAAUAUAAUUUGUUAAAUAAAUGUUUGUUUUAACCUCUUU